AGCUAUGGCUAGAUUUAUUUUGUGCUUGUUCUUUUGUGGAAUUUUUGCAAAUGAAAACGAUGAAAUUUUGAAAAGAAUGGAGAUUUAUGAAAAGAAACUUGACACGGAGAUACAAAAGAGGUCUGUGAUUGAGAAUGAGGUAGCUGAAUUACGACAAUGGAAACGUAACAUUGAACAAGUAUUUCAAGGUAAAAGUAGGAACCAAAGACUCCUUCUUGAGUCAAUUCCGGAUAAGACGGGUGUGGCUUUUUCUGCAUAUAUAUCGGCAUCCUUUGAAGCUCCGCCAUUUGGCGUAAGACAUACGUUCAUUUAUGACCAUGUUGAAUGCAACGUCGGAAAUGGUUAUGAAAACUCUACCGGAAUAUUUCGACCAUCAGUUCCCGGGACAUAUGCAUUUACAUGGACAGUAUGUGCCAGCGGAGCUAAAAAUAGUGAGAUCGGAGUGGAAUUAGUGAUCAAUAAUAAAGUCCAUGGAAGUAUUUAUGUUGAUUCAGAAACUACUAAUGAAGAGCAUUGUUCUACUGGGUUUGUCGUACAUACCAUAAAGCUAAGGGAUGUAGUUUAUACCAGAUCACAGGAUGCUUACCAUGAAGGUACUAUAAGGAGCGAUCACUAUUCCAGGACAACAUUCUCAGGAUGGUUGUUGUUUUGA